CCUCCCGCCGCAGAGCCAGGGGAGCUGCGGCGCUCCCGAGGGUACUGUCCCGGCCCCCUCAGCCCCGGCCCCUGCUCCCGCCCGGCCCGGCGGCGGCGGCCAAAGUCAGCUCUGGGUGACGUCAGGCCGCCAUCCCGUGACGCCUGCGCUCGGCUCGGAGCUGGACCGGCCUCCUUGGAGAGGAAAGGACCCUCCCUCCCUAAGGGAAGCGAGCCACCAGCUGCCCAGCAGCCGGGAGAUGGGCAAGGUUUGCGCCAUUUUUGGGGGAUCCCGAGGAAUAGGCAAAGCUGUUGCAGAACUCCUGGCACAGAAGGGCUGCCGCCUGGCGAUCAUUGCUAGAAAUCUGGAAGUAGCCCAAACCACUGCACGUGAUCUUGGUGCAGGACAUCUGGCACUUAGCUGUGAUGUAUCCAGCGAACAAGAAGUCCAAAAGACUUUUGAGGAGAUGCAGAGGAAUUUAGGUCCUAUUAACUACUUGGUUAAUGCAGCUGGAAUCAACAGGGAUGGUUUGUUACUGAGAACCAAGACUGAAGAUAUGAUAGCCCAGAUUCACACUAAUCUUUUGGGAACAAUGUUGACGUGCAAAGCUGCUGUAAAAGUCAUGAUUCAACAACAGGGAGGUGCUAUUGUCAAUAUAGGAAGUGUUGUAGGACUUAAAGGCAACUCUGGUCAAAGUGUGUAUAGUGCUACCAAAGCAGGAUUAGUUGGAUUUUCACGCUCUCUUGCUAAAGAAGUAGCAAAAAAGCAAAUUCGAGUCAACGUUGUUGCUCCAGGCUUUAUUCACACAGAGAUGACUGCUCAUUUGGAAGAAGAUCAGUUGAAGAAAUCAAUUCUCCUUGGAAGAUUUGGAGAGCCUCAUGAAGUUGCACAAGCUGUUGUCUUUCUUCUAGAAUCCCCAUAUGUUACAGGGAGUGUUCUAGUUGUAGAUGGAGGCUUGCAGCUUAUGACUUAAGUACUACUUUGAAUAAAUGCCUACUUUAAUGUCAUGAUGGUAAUAUAUAAAUAUAUACCAAUUAAAGGGAGAGGGUUGGAAAUUGUUUGAAGAUUGAUGUAUGUAAUUGACUUGGUCUUAUCUAGUCAGAGGAGAAAUUCAGCAGCAGAGAAGUGCAAUGUGUACAUUUAGCUACCUGGAAGAGUCCAUUUGGUAUUAUGAAGUCUGUGUAUGAAACAAUUUGAAAAAGAUCUGCUUUUGAUAUGGUGAUAACUUUAAUAACAUACUGAUAUGUUUUUAAAACAGUUUUUUUAUAAAGUCUUGUUAUCUAAUUUGGGAUAGAGUGGAGCUUUUAUUGGAAUUAUCAUGUUACACAGAGGUUAAUAAAGUGCAGAGGUGUGUUUAUUGGGUGGCAGGUAUGAUUGCAUCAAGUUUUUCAUGUAGGGCAAAGAUUGCAAACUGCAUAGUUUUGCGUUCUUAUCAGUUAGUCCCUACAAAGUAGUGAGGGGUUUCCUUCAGGCUUUGUUUGUUUGUAGCUAACACUACAAAGCUAGGAGCCUCUAGAUCUUCAGCAUACCUGAAUUGCCUUUAGGAGAUUUAAUUAUAUGCAGUGUGUUUUUGUGAAGACGAAACCUACUCGGUUCCAUUCUUGGAUGUAUGUGCAGCAUUCAUUUAAUACAGUAGCACUUGUGUGUACACAUUGAAGGACUGUUGAUUGGUCAUUGGAGUUGCUAAUCCUAUGAUAUUCUGAGUUUGAGCUGCACAGACCUUUUUGCAUAAAAGACUUUUCAAUGACUCAGUAGGUGUUUAGGAAACACAAUCACUUCCAGAGCAUGAAGUCAGUACUUUGCUCUGUAUCUUGAACACUCGGUUCAGCUGUUAAGUCGAUGCUCCUUAAUAUGUAUAUAUAGUCAAUAAAAUCACCAUUUAUUUUAUUCAAAACAA